UUAUUUUUUCUUUGCCGCCAUUGCACAGCACUUUCCGGCCGUACCCCGCGUGCUUCCGGUCGUAACUGGGGGUGCUGGUUUUACUAUCGGUUUACGGCGUCGAAGUCGCUGCUCAGUGUUACGGAAGGUGUUAUAUAGGCUAGAGUGUGUGGUGUGUAUGUGCUGUGCUGCAGGAUCGAAGCAGUCGUGCCAAUUUGUGCAACUGUUUGUUCUACAGUAGUUUCACAUCCCAUUUCGGCCGUAACAGGUUCGAGCUUCCUUGCAGAAGGCUCCAAAAGCAGUGCAGUUUAGUGAUCCUAGUGAUUGGCACGCAGUGUGUGAAGUGUCUACGAAGUGGAUAUUUUUUUAAUCUGUACGGUUUUUACAACUUACUGCCCACUCAAAUCGAGCGGAAAACAGCACAUUAAUUUGUCUACACUAAAACGAAGCAGUAAAGGAUAUUACGAAGGUACUCCUGUGUGUGUGUAUCGAGCGCCGGAAUCGUCAAAUAGCCGACAGAAAAGAGUGCGUAAAACAAAAAAAAAGAAACUAUGUCGAGCCAACAGAAGCAUCGAAUUCAGGUUCCGGACGGGCUAAGGGAUGUGCUGCUGGAGUUCUCCAUAGCGUACUUGCUCGAGCAGCCGGGCGAUGUGAUCGAUUAUGCGGUGACGUUCUUCACAAAGCUGCAGGAAGACCGCAAAACAACGAUGAUCACGUCAGCCGAGCCAACCUCGCCGGACGAGAGCAUAAUGUCACACGACGAAGAACCACUAGUGAAUCGGUACGCAUCGCGUAGGAAAUCUGUGUUUGCCGAAACGUACGAUCCGGAAAAUGAUGACGAAGAUGAAGGUGCCCGGGCAAUCUUUCCCAAAACGGACGAACAGCGAGCACGGUUGUGUGAUUCAGUCAAAAACAUUCUCCUUUUCCGAUCGCUGGACAAGGAACAGAUGAACGAAGUUCUCGAUGCGAUGUUCGAAAAGAUAGUUCAAGCGAAAGACUAUAUCAUCAAGCAGGGUGAUGAUGGCGACAACUUCUACGUCAUAGAGUCUGGCAUGUAUAACGCGUAUGUAGGCGAAGAUCAGAAGCACAUACAUACGUAUGAUAAUAGAGGAAGCUUUGGAGAGCUCGCAUUGCUCUACAACAUGCCAAGAGCCGCUACCAUUCAGGCCGAAACGGAUGGUAAAUUGUGGGCAAUGGAUCGUCAAACAUUCCGAAGAAUUUUGCUUAAAUCUGCAUUCAGGAAACGGAAAAUGUAUGAAGCUCUGCUGGAUGCUGUACCGAUGCUGAAAACGUUGCAGAACUAUGAACGGAUGAAUUUGGCUGAUGCUCUGAUACCUCAAACAUACACUAAAGGCGAUCGAAUUAUCAAGCAAGGCGAUGCUGCUGAUGGCAUGUACUUUAUUGAGGAUGGCAAAGUGUCCAUUCGCAUCCAGCAGGAUGCAGGCGAGGUAGAAAUUUCCAAUUUAGAAAAGGGUGGCUACUUUGGCGAACUUGCACUGGUAACACAUAGGCCACGAGCCGCUUCCGCAUACGCUGUCGACAACGUAAAAGUGGCAUUUUUGGAUGUGGACGCAUUCGAACGUUUGCUCGGACCAUGCAUGAACAUUAUGAAGCGCAACAUUGGCGACUACGAAACGCAGCUAGUUAAAAUUUUUGGCAGCAAAAACAACAUCACCGACAUCCGAUAAAGCGGUUGUGCAGUCGUAAGCGCUACAAAGAGGGAAAUGCUACGCAACGAGAAAUAUACGCUGCAAAAGAACAACACAAAACGUCUAAAUCUGUACGACACAUGGUAUCAAGAAUCGAGCGACAAAAACGCGCCAUAAUUUUAGAUGGAAGUAUCUUUUGAAGGAGAGUGUAAAACUGUGGUGAAACAAGUUUACAUUAUGAUGAACGGAACACAGUAUGUUCGCGUAGCUUUUCCUCCCCCCCAAAAAAAAUUAUAUAUGCGAACGCAAAGUUUACGAACGAAUCAGUUGAAUAAGAGCCUACCUGCCACUUAAUCCAAAUUACAUCACUUUGCGAGCAGCAAACGCAUAGAUAAUGUUACUUGAUACUUGAAACCAAAUUAGCUGCCGCUCGUGAUUGUGAAGCACAAAAUCAUCGACAGAGCAGAUUGAGCGAAGGAGGAUAACCAAUUGCCAUUUGUAAGCGAAAGUAAAAAUUCGAAAAAAAAAACCCGGAGCGGACUUGUUUUCGGUUUGUAGUAGUGGUGAUGGUGAUUGAUCAACAAAACGCGCGAUGGACUUGAAAGGUAGGAUGAUAAAGAUAGAGUAGACAUAUUUUUUUGCCAGAAAAGAGAAAAAAAGGAUACAUAUUCGAAAAAAAAUCACCACCGCUGCCGUAUGCAUCAGAUACAAGUACAUAAGUGAAAUGCAUCAUGAUGAAGUAGUUAUGACCCAUGCAUGCUCUUUAGCACGGAUCUGAUCUGAUGCGCAAGUAUAUUUAAAAUAAUGUAAAAUGAAAUGUGUAGAGUCUGUCUGGUUUGGGUGGUGUGAAAUUGCGAUUCUUAUCUGUACUAUAGCGGGCAAGGCUAUAAAGUAAAGGUCCGCUGAUGGAUAUUCCGAUCACGACAACCUGAUCGCGACAGACGAGAAGAAGGCGACGAAUGUAUGUGUAGUGUGUAAGUUACAUCGUGAACAUGUAUUUAGGAUUUAUGAUAAAAACAUGAAGAAAACUUUUCUUACCCAUUAUGUCGUGUUGCUCGAUAUAAUAAUCGUAGAACGGUUGAAUUAUUGUGUAUGUUAAAUUGCUAAUCAAAAAAUUAGUUUCAAACAAGCGAACAUAAGCGAAACGUAACGUGUCGGUCAACUGUAGCUGGCACGUUUCCGUUCAAAAACACAGAAGCAUUAGACAGAUUUCGGGCUUGGUUCAGGAAGUGUGUUGUAUUGUUUCGAAACGCUAAUUUAUUAGUAUGAUUUUUUUGUGUUAUUUAUUCUACUAAACAAAACAAGGACGAAAAACAAACGAGCCGUGGCUGGUUGUUAAUUAUUGGUGAUUGUUAAAUUAGUAUUAUUUUACGACGAAGUAAAGCCAACAAUAAGCGGUGGAAUAUGGACUGGAAUGAUGUUGCAUGCUGUAAAAAUAAAAGAAUUUAAGUAAAGGAAUAAUUUCGAUAAAAAAAAAGUUCAUCGAACAGCACACACACACACGUGCUGCUGGAUCCGUUUCAUCUUGGCUGAAAGCAAAGAUCAUUGGCUGCAUAUUAAUUCUGUUCUAGCAACAUGAUAAGACGAAUCGCGCUAGAUGAUCACCAGAUGCACACGCAAAACACCCACAUACAAAAAACACGUAUCAUAUAGCAUCGCAAAUGAUCAUAAAAAUGCCAUAAAAAACGAAGUAAAAAUAGCUAGUAAGCAGUAUAAUACUUGUAAUAUGAGAAAACGUAUCAUGGUGAAACAAAACAAACAAAAAUGUAGCAGAAUGCAUCAGCUGCGCGUAGUAGUAACUCGCUUACUCUAGUAACAAUUGAGAUGAUAUCAGAUUAUAUGGUUUUUGUACCGCAUUGUGAAGUGGGUUGAAGUUCCCAGCCGUGAAAGGAGUAUAACAUAUGUAACGAUGUAUAAUGAUAGAGAUACAUUCUGCCAGGGCCGGCGCGCUAUGGCGAGUAAGGAUAGCAGCAAAUGUACCCGGUUUGUGCAAUUUUGUUUACCAAUCGGAACGUUUGCCGAGCAAUUUAUCCCCCGGGGAAUGAAACAUUGUUUUUUUUUUGUUUUUGCAUUUUACAGGUACACAGUUUAAUUUAGAAAAAUCUGCAUUAAAUGCAAAUAUCUAUAUACGCAAGUAAUAAUCACAUUUCGUGUCUGUUUGUUCCUUUUCUUCCUUUGGCAGAAUAGAACUGUGAAUGAAAAAUGUACAAUUGUGUACAAGGAGAAAUAGAAACGAGUCAUGAAAGUUCUGAUAUUAUGGUAUUUGUUGUUGGUCGCUUACACCACAAAGUUCCCUUGUCCAUAUGUUUGAAGUUGAUAGCGCGGGGAAUACUUUUCAGCGACAUUCACAAUAUACUCUACAGCGUUUCCAGAAGAAUCUCUCACAAUAACCCGGCGGGAGCGUCCACAAUGUUUUUAGCACCCUCUCCUUAGUGCUUUUUCUACACACCUUUUUCUAAAUGCGCUUUGAACGGUUUCAAGUAGCCAACAGAACACAGCCAAUCAAGACAUUCUGAUGUAGCAAAUCAUACAAUGAAUAACAAUAGAAGAUUUGCUCGCCAGCGUAGAAUUUAGUUUGAAUUUUACCUGUUUCCGUUAUCGCAUUCAACAUAUCAUAUGAUAGCAUAUUUGUACGAUGCAUAUUGAUGAGAAGGAUGCAACAUAGACCCUGUUCUAGAUUCCCCGUUCUUGGAACUUGGGGACCUCUUUUUGCACUUGGUUGCGAUGUAACUCCAGUCCGUGUAGGCAUCAUUCGUAGCAGAUGUAAGACAGACGCUCGAACACAGAAUCCCCCCGUAAUAGAUAGAGGGGAUGUGCGUUCAAUUGCGCUUUAUUAACGAAUGGAUAAUACAAUGCUGUGCUAAAUCUUAUUGAACAAGAACCAAACAUUUCCACCAGCGGAUGAGCUUUUGUGACAUACCCUCGCCCUGAAUACAAAAAAAAAACAACAAAAAUCACAAAACUAAAGCAUAAUAAAUGGAUCUAUCUCUAUCAUCAUCCCGCGUCUGUAACUGUCCACAGUACCUCUUGAAAAUGAAAACUAAAAUCAGCGCUAAAAAGUAAACAAAAAAAAAAGAUCAAAAGAAAUGGAAAGAUGAAACGGAAUCAUAAAUAUUUAAAGAAAACAAAACAAAGCUUAAUGAAGAAGAUAUUGUGCAGCAACAACAACAAAAAAAAAACACAUACACACACAUACAACCCUGACAUCCUGAGGAGUAUAGAUGGGAAUGUAAACAAAUAAUAAAACUCGUUGACAUCUUAAAUGUGCCCUUUUAUCCAAAAGAUGAUAUACACGUACACAAAACAAACAAAAAUGAGAUGAAAUAACUUUAAUCUUACUUAGUCGCACGACAACAAUGGCGCUACACACGCAAGCAAGCAUGCAGUUACGCUCAUCUAAAUUACGAUGGAUUCUGCGCCAUGCAAAACCCUAACAAAUUGGCUAAUCAAUCAUUGGGCCAAACAGGCGCGGACAAUAGAUGGGUCCGUGAUAAAGAAACAAGAAAGUGUUAUGCCCGAGAAGGAGGCAUUCGAUGAAGGAAGCAAAACGGAAGGCAUUUUCGAUCUUCUACACUUCUAGACUAUUUAUGAGUUUGUUCAUUUUUUGUUAGAUAUAUGAAGAGCUUAUAUGGAGAUGGUGGUGGAAAAAAAAUAAUCAAGCGUAUUACUCUUGCAAUGCAGCUUGUUGUUGUUGUGCCGGUGACAAACUCAAAUUGUACGUUUCGCUGUGUGAAGGAUAAGAACAAUUCGCCAGACAGCGAUGCGUGCUAUUAUCAGUUUUUUUAAAUGCACAAUGUGACUACAGGUGGAAUUCAGCCAUGUUAAGCUUUCGGGUUUUCUAUCAGAUUCAACAGUCAAUAUCAGUGAACACCGAUAGUGCAAAAUGCGCCCAAACAGAUACGCCAGCGUUAGUGCUAGCGUGUGGAAUCAAACAAAAGGAAUUCGUAAACUUCCAGCGUUAAGCAUUAUUUCCUUACGUUAAAGCGUUUCCUAUACGUAUCCAACGUACAGAAAAGCAAAACCAGUUGCAGGGCGAUAUUUUAAAUCCUUCCCGCUAUUCCCAGUUACAAGACCAUGCAGCAUAAUACAAUCCAGUGGCAUGUGGUGAGGUCAAGCAGCGCAUAUUCAGCAACAGCAAUGGGUGUACCGUGCAGUUGUUUCCAUCGUAGGGCGCUCUAUGGAAAAUGCUGGUCAUUUUCGUUUUAAGCGUUGUUUAUUUUUAACUAACUAAUUUAAACGGCACAUUGAGCGGUUGUAGCAUCUUCGGCAUAAUUUCGUAGACGGAAGCGAUUUACGUACGCAGUAGAUUGUGACAGUAACCAUUAUAUAAUUAGCCGUAUUGGUUUAAGAUUAGUUUAGACUUUCUUUUCUCUGUUUUUUUUCGAUGCACAUUUACAAAGCUUUGCACAUAGAACACACAAACACACACAUGCACUAAUGUUAAAGGAUAUCGUAGGCAAAUGUAUGCUUUUUCUUGGAACUUUAAUUUUGUUCACCAAACUGCAAACUGCGUGUGAACAAAUUUUCUUUAUUUCUCUUUCGUAGAUGAAGUAUGUGUUACGAUAAAGAUUACAAUUAGUAGUUGCAAUAUUGAUUUGUUUAAAACGGAACAGUUUCCCAUCAGCAGUGGUCCUUUGUAGUGUAAACUUCUUUAACAUUAUGCUGUUACUGUUGUUUCAUUUGUACCUUUUCUACUUUCCGGUAAAGAUGAAAAGUGACGUAGAAGCAUUUGCCAAUUUGCUACGAAUCAGCAGCUCUAUGCUUCCUUAAACGCAUAACUUAGAGACACAGGCAAUUGGGACGAAUUGGUUCACAAAUACUUGGCUUAUGUGUGCGUGUGUUUGUGUAUGAAGGAUUAAUAUGUUUGAAGAAGAAAAAUGAAGAGCAGAAGCAAAAGUUAAAAACAAAUAUGCCCACACACACACACAAAACAUGCAUCAUAUGUGUAGUUAACAGUUUGAGUUGGUUAAAUAUAAUCAUUGAGUUGCGAAAUUUUAAAGACAAAAUGGUAAUCACUGAAACAAAAUGAAGAAGGAAAAGAAAAACAACAACAACAACCACACAAAUAUGCGUAACAAACAAAGCAAAACAAACAAAAAAAAACAAAAACAAAAUGAAAAUGAGGAAAAAAAGAAUAACAAAACAUACACACAAAAAAAAAAACAUGUUGCUGUCUCG